CGGCAGAAGUUGAAACUUGAAGAAUACUUCGAGAGAAAUGGCGGGAGAAGCUGAAGCACCAAGGAGGGCUUAUGGCGCUCCUCCAAGAGCAACUCAUGCUCCUCCUCGUCCUCGUUUGGAGCCUGUUGAUCGAGAAAAGACUUGUCCUUUGCUGCUUCGCGUUUUCACGAAGAUUGGGAGUCAUCAUUUCAAUGAAGACUUCGCUGUGAGGGGCAAGGAGCCGAGGGAUGAGGUUCAAAUUUAUACCUGGAAAGAUGCUACUCUUCGCGAACUAACUGAUCUGGUCAAAGAGGUAGCUCCAGAAGCCAGGAGGAGAAAUGCUAAACUUUCCUUUGCUUUGGUUUAUCCCGAUAGACAUGGUCGGUUUGUAUUGAGAGAGGUAGGGAAGACAUUCUCGUUUGGAAAUAGACGAUUAGACGAUAGCUUGGCUUUGGGAGAACUUGGUUUUCAGAUUGGAGAUUACUUGGACGUGGCAAUCAUAUAGGGUAUGUGGUGCGUUUAUAUACUAAUAAUUUGCCUAUGGUGAAGAACAAAAAGAAUGAGGAUAUUAACUUCAAUCUUGUAAUGUAUAUUCCAUUUAAGAAUUGGUCGAAAAUCCUUUACCUUGUAUGUUUUCUUCCCCUGUGCCAUAUGAGGUAGAUCGUGAUAGUCAUUGUCACGUUCCUUUGAGUUACCUUCUUGAUGUAUUGCAUCAGAUGAACCGGGCCAUAUAAUAGAGUUUUCGUUGGGACGAUAA